UGGCAAACAACUCCCAAUAUUGCUUUCUUAUGCAAAGCCAAAUCCAGUGAAUGGAGUACCUAGCGUUUGUUCUGGCACUUUCCUUUUUGUGGGCAAUCAUUCAUAUCACCUCCGGUCUAGCACGCCGGAACUCUGGUUCACCCAAACUCCCACCAGGCCCCAAGCCUUUUCCGAUCAUCGGAAACAUCUUUCAGCUGGGCAACCAACCUCAUCAAGCUGCUGCCAAGCUCUCAAAAACUUAUGGACCCCUCAUGACUCUCAAGCUCGGGAGCAGGACAACCAUAGUAAUUUCCUCUCCAGACUUAGCCAAAGAAGCACUUCAAAAACACGACCAGGUCUUCUCCAGCCGAACCAUCCAGGACACUGCCCGAGCAUUCAACCACCAUAAAUAUUCAAUGGCAUGGCUGCCCGCAUCGGCUCAGUGGAGAAGCCUCAGAAAAGUUUCUGCCCAGCAAAUAUUCUUUCCACAACAGCUCGAUUCCACCGAAGCCAUUCGAUGUAAAAAGGUGCAACAACUAGUAGACCACGUUAAGGAAAAUUGUAAUAGUGGUGAAGCGGUAAAUAUUGGUCGAGCAGCCUUCACAACGGUCCUUAAUGCCAUAUCCAACACAUUUUUCUCCACUGACUUAGCAGAGUAUUGUUCAAAUGCAUCCCAAGAGUUCUUGGAUCUCGUAGUGGGAGCCAUGGAAGAAGCAGGAAGGCCGAAUAUUGUAGACUAUUUCCCUGCACUUCGUUUAGUUGACCCACAAGGUGCACGCCGAAGGAUGAAUAUUUAUUUCAGAAAGUUUUUUGUUUUUCUUGAUGGUAUAAUCGAUAAACGAUUACAAUCAAGAGCAUCUUCCCUGGGUUCUAAGGCAACCAGCGAUGUACUUGACUCUCUCCUCAAUCUCGUUGAAGAAGAUGAUGCAGAAUUGAGCUGCGAUCAUAUGAAACAUUUGCUUCAGGAUUUAUUUUUUGCAGGGAUCGACACAACAUCAAGCACAGUGGAAUGGGCGAUGACAGAGUUACUCCACAGCCCUGAAAAAAUGGUAAAAGCCCGAAAAGAGCUUGAAGAAGUGCUUGGCAAGGACAGACUUGUUCAAGAAUCGGACAUCUUAAAGUUGCCUUAUCUACAGGCAAUAGUGAAAGAAACCUUUAGGUUGCACCCGCCAGCACCCUUCCUGGUUCCCCACAAGGCUGAGGCUGAUGUAGAGAUGUGUGGCUUUACCGUGCCCAUCAAUGCACAAAUACUAGUAAACGUAUGGGCAAUGGGACGGGAUUCAAGCGUAUGGAAAAACCCAAAUUUGUUUCUGCCAGAGAGGUUUUUAGACAAGGAAAUUGACUUCAAAGGGAGAGAUUUUGAGCUCAUUCCCUUUGGAGCUGGAAGAAGGAUUUGCCCUGGAUUGCCUAUGGCCAACCGGAUGGUGCACUUGAUGCUGGCCUCUCUUGUCCACGGCUUUAACUGGAAGCUGGCAGAUGGGAUGAAGCCAAAAGAUAUUGACAUGAAAGAGAUGUUUGGCAUUACCUUGCAUAAGGCUGAGCCCCUCCUGGCUAUUCCCAUCAAAUCUGUGUAAUUUUAUAAUGUUAGACAAAUAAUAGUCAAUGGACGUGUGUGUGUAAAUGUAAUGUAAGGAUUUUGAAUAUGCAUAAUAGAUAUAUAGUUACCGUACCUCA